AUGCCCCCGCACAACAUUCUCAGAAAGCUUCACUUGACUAGACACCAUCAUAGUAGCAAUAACACCAACACUGCUCCAAACAACCCCAAUCCCGAAAUACCCGUCAAUUCUUUGGGAAAUUUUGACUCCAUGAACCACAGCGCACCCCAAGUCUCCGAGCCACAAUUGGGACACCAGUUCCAGGCCUCGCAGCAACAAUAUUUCCAGGUACAAGAGACCGUUCAUCCAUCCGUCCAACAAUCUGUGCAACAGCCUGUUCAGCAGCCUAUUCAGCCAUCUACUCAGCCCCAGCAAAGUGAUGUCCCACAAGAAAUUAAGAAGCGGGCCGACGAGGACGCGAUCAGCCGUUCUCUCUUGCCAGAAAGAUCAACUGUCUCCAAAGGAAAGUACUCGCUCCAAGACUUUCACAUCAUGCGGACUCUAGGAACUGGGUCGUUUGGUAGGGUUCACUUGGUGCGCUCUGUUCACAAUGGGCGCUACUAUGCCAUCAAAGUAUUGAAAAAACAGCAGGUGGUCAAGAUGAAACAAGUUGAGCACACGAACGAUGAGAGGCGCAUGUUGAAAUUGGUUGAGCACCCUUUUUUGAUCCGCAUGUGGGGCACAUUUCAGGAUGCGAAAAGCUUGUUCAUGGUGAUGGACUACAUUGAAGGCGGUGAGCUUUUCUCUUUGUUGAGAAAGUCUCAAAGGUUUCCCAACCCGGUUGCCAAAUUCUAUGCAGCAGAAGUCACGUUGGCUUUGGAGUACUUGCAUUCUCACGACAUCAUCUAUCGUGACUUGAAGCCCGAAAACAUCUUGUUGGAUAGAAACGGACACAUCAAAAUCACAGACUUCGGAUUUGCAAAGGAAGUAUCCACAGUGACGUGGACUUUGUGUGGUACUCCGGACUAUAUUGCGCCUGAGGUCAUCACUUCUAAGCCGUACAACAAGUCCGUUGACUGGUGGUCUUUGGGAGUGUUGAUCUUUGAGAUGUUGGCAGGCUUCACUCCAUUUUAUGAAAACACCCCCAUGAAAACCUACGAGAAGAUCUUAUCAGGAAAGGUCUCCUUCCCCAGCUUCUUCAACGAGGAUGUCGUGCACUUGUUGAGGCAAUUGAUAACGGCAGAUUUGUCCUCCAGGUUGGGAAACUUGUUGAAUGGUCCAGCAGACAUUCGCAACCACCCUUGGUUUAACGAGGUCGUGUGGGAAAAGCUUUUGGUCAAGGACAUUGAAACUCCUUACGAGCCUCCUAUCACUGCCGGAGUGGGUGACUCUUCUCUUUUCGACCACUACCCCGAAGAGAAAUUAGACUACGGAUGUGGUGGUGAAGACCCCUUCGGCCACUUAUUCCAAGAAUUUUAG